AUUGUAUUCACUAUUCACAGUGAAUUGUCACAUUUUUCAACAUUUUAUCAUCUUAAAAUGUCCUCAAGUGGCCGCCUGCCCAACUUCCUCGCACUUAAACCAUUGAAAUUUGGCAUCCUCACAAACAAUCUAUACCUAUCAGCAUGUGGGCAACUUAUAUUAAUUGAUGUCCUUGCUUUAAAAUCUUGCCUUGGUGCAAGCAUGGAGACAUCGACUAUGGCUGCCCAAGUUCCACCCCGAGCCAGGACCCAUCAGCCUUGCGCUGCUUGUAGGAUGCUGAGGAGGAGGUGUGAUAGAGACUGCAUAUUAGCACCAUACUUUCCAAGCUAUGAGGCUGAGAAAUUCGCUGGUGUGCAUAGAGUGUUUGGUGCUAGCAAUGUUAUCAGAAUGAUUCAGAUGGUGGAGGAAUCGAGGAGGGAGGAUGCUGUCAAAGCCAUAAUUUAUGAAGCAACAGCAAGGCUUAGAGACCCUGUGUAUGGCAGUGCUGGAGCAAUUUUCCACUUGCAGAAGAUGAUUCAAGACCUCAAAACACAACUGGACUCGAUAAGAACUCAAACACUGGUGCUUCAAGAACAAAGAGAUCAGUUGUUAGGGAUUCUAAAAAAUGUUCAUCACAUGGAUCCAGUUUCCCCCAUGGAUUUCCCCAUGUUUGGCGCUGCUGGUUCCUUAUCCAAUGGUGAUAUAUUGCGCUAUGAUCCUUCUACAUUUCCCUUAGACUGUGACUGGACUUGGUGAGGAACAAAAACAAAAGAUGCAUAUAUAUAUAUAUAUUUUUUCAGUUUCAAAGAACUCUUAUUGUACAAUUAUAUUCCCAAAGAAUGUUAGGUGGUAGAAUCAUGUUCUAGUUUCCCCUUUGUUAUAUGCCUAUUGAUCAUAUAAUCUUAAUAAAAAAAACAAAAAAAAAAAACCAGUUUGACUGCA